CAUUGCAGUUUGUCUUUUCAGAUGCUGUUUUGCUGAACAACACAGUGCAGAACUUUGGGAUGUUGGACCUGGUGAAGAAGGUUCUGGCGAGCCAUAAGAGCCAGAUGGACCGUUACAGAGAGCAGUACACGCGGAGCCUGGCCUCUCUGGAGCAGCAGUGUGACGAGCACAGGAAGCGAGCCAAGGAGCUGAAGAGCAAAUCCCAGCACCUGAACAACGUCCUAAUGACCCUUACCCCGGUCCCUGCACCCCCUGCACCCAAGCGUCCCCGGCUGACCCGUGCCGUCUCCGGUCCGGCCUCGGUCAACGCCACUCCAGCCCAGAUCACUCUGCCUCUGAACCAGCUGACCAGCCUGCCGCUGGGCAAGGUGCUGACUGUCGCGGGGGGCCCCGCUGGCACCAACCUCGGGGGCUACACACUCCUGACCUCCUCGCUCUCUGGGUCGGAGUUGACGGGCGACGCCUCUAACCUGACUGUUCUAUCCGCAGCAGCAGGUCAGGAGGGCACCGGUUCCUUCGUGAAGGUGGUCGGCCCUCAGUUCCAGCUGGUGACGCUGCCGGCCCCGCUGCAGAGCUUGGCCACCGCAGUGCAACAGCAGGUCAGCAGCAUCAGUGUGGUGGACGCCACGGCAACCAAUUCACAAGAGGACGACCAGGCGGAUGGCGAUGACGAAGGCCAGCCAGAGCAGGUCAAAGAGGAAGAGGGGGAGCAGUGAGGCAGCUGCUCCUGAACGGCCUUCACCUCAUCAUCCUGGACUCUGGACUGAGUGAUGGCUCGUCCACUUUCUGACUUCAGACCGCGGCGUGUUCAACGCUUGAGCCUCCCUGUUACACGUCCUUCAAUUCAGUUUGUCAGAGUGGCGUCUGAUGUCCGCUGUAAAUAUGGAUUUGUAAAUAAUAUAUUUGAUACAGCUGUUUGUGUAGGGAUGUGAUCCAUUUAAGCUGGAGACAGCAGCAUCGUUCAGUUUGGUAAUAAAUGUUCAGUUUUCCAGAA